UGCCUUCCCAUUUUCUGUGUCUCCACGCACACCUCUUAUGUUCCCUUCCGGACCUUCCAAGUGUCCCUAUUUUCCAGGGACAGCCCUGGAUUUACAGAAGCUGUCCCAGUUUCUAAUUUGAUCCCACUCUCCCUUAGGACGUCUCUAUUGUCAUCGGAGAAACAUUGAAGGGUAUGGUAGGAUGUCCCUGUUUUCGUUAGAGAAGCGUUGGAGGGUAUGACGUUAAUGCAACCUCCCCGAGCCAAGAAGAUAAGUAACUAUACAGCCUUUAGAAGAGAUUUGAAGGCAGCUUUGUAUAGUUUUAUUAUAUUUUUAUAUAUAUUGGAAGCCGCCUGGAGUGGCUGGGGCAAUCCAAUCAGAUGGGGAGGGUAUAAAUAAUAAAAAAUAUUAUUAUAGAGUAAGUAAAGGGACCCCUAACCAUUAGGUCCAGUCAUGGCCGUCUCUGGGGUUGCGGCGCUCAUUUCGCUUUACUGGCCGAGGGAGCCGGCGUCCAGCUUCCGGGUCAUGUGGCCAGCAUGACUAAGCCGCUUCUGGCGAACCAGAGCAGCGCAUGGAAAUGCCGUUUACCUUCCCGCCAGAGUGGUACCUAUUUAUCUACUUGCACUUUGACGUGCUUUCGAACUGCUAGGUUGGCAGGAGCUGGAACAAUGGGAGCUCACCCCGUCACGGGGAUUCGAACCGCCAACCUUCUGAUCGGCAAGUCCUAGGCUCUGUGGUUUAACCCACAGCGGCACCCGCAUCCCUUAGAUGUAGGACGUCCCUAUUUUCAGAAAUAUUGGAGUGUUUGCUCUCCUGAUUGAUGGUACACACUGGUGCUGGGAGUUUCUCCCCUUGGUGGGAUGAGUAGCAAAUAGCAAGACAAUCGCGUGUUCUUAAGGCGGUAGCACAGGGGGCUGAGUCACGGCACUCAGCAGGGAAUGAGCGCCAGGGAAUCUGAUACACACACCCCCACCCAUGGUACUGACUGACCUUUUAUAUGCUCACACAUUUGGAAGAGGGCUUGGAAAUGUCGUGGAAAAUCUCAGCCAUGUGCUAAAGGGAAGUUGUCAGCUGCCAGGGGGGUCAGAAGGACUUGGGAGCAGGUGUCCGGGGGGGCGACUCAGCAGGAGGAGCAGGUGAGGUGUCCCGUCUGUCCCCCCACUCAAGGAAGAAAACCCCAAACGCAGUAGGACCGGCUUGCCCACAUUCUGAAAUAAAGCAAGCGAUACGAAUUGCCAUCUAUAGGGCACCCCCUUGGGGCCAUUAUGCACGAUUCUAAAAUUACCCAACUGAACCACUGCUCUGGUUCAUCGUCGGGUAUCAAGGGAACACAAUAUGAGCCUUUCCUUCCAUGGGCAUAGCCAGGAUUUAUGUUUAUGGGGUGUGGGGGGCGAGACACCCACCUGUCUUCAUCCUCUGUAUGGGCUCCACCUAGCAGAUCCGGAAUGAAAUGUCUCCACGCCACUUGUUUCGAGUUAUAGUGGUACCUUCGUUCCUGGACAGCUGCGUUGAGGAACAGAUCGGUUCCCGAAUGCCGCAAACCCAAAAGUAAGCGUUCCAGUAUGCAAACGUUUUUCGGAAGCCGAACAUCCAUUUUGACUGUUGGCUAUUGUUUACAACUGAAUUGUUGUACUGUUUUUAACACUUGAUUGGGAGCUGCCCAGAGUGGCUGGGGAAACUCAGCCAGAUUUCUUCUUUCUUCUUCUUCUUCUUCUUCUUCUUCUUCUUCUUCUUCUUCUUCUUCUUCCUCUUCUUCUUCCAGGACCAACCAGCCAAUUGGAAGCCAUGUCUUGGUUUGCGAACGUCUUGGAAGUCAAACGGACUUCCAGGAAACAGAUUGAGUUCUAGAACCAAGUUGCUGAACCCAUGACUGAAAACUAUGGCCAGAAAAGCCACCUUGAUUGGACUGACAUCAUCCCUCUUAUAUCAUCUGGGUUACGACACUGGCCUUGAAUCCCGGAGGCAAAGGUUUUGGGACAUCUCACAUAGCGACCUGCGAUCCAGAUCUUAUGUAAUUUGUAGCCCGGUCGCAGCUGGAACCCAAUAUGGGUAUGACUUUCAGAUAUCCUCAUACCUUAGGAAUUUGUCUGUACCUAUCGGUGUUUAUUUACUAAAGCCAGACUAAGUAUAAUUCCCUCAGAAGUUCUAAAUGGCAGACUGAGGGGUGUCCCAUAUCAGAAUAGGUUUCCCAGGACGUUGAUUGUAUGAAGCAUAUCCUAAGCAUUGUGAAGAUCAAACCCUGAAGCCUUCCUUUUAGGAAUUCUAGGUGCCAAAAUCCCAAGGGAGCAGAAAAGACUAUUUAUGUAUGUGACCACGGCUGCACGGAUGUGAUUGGUCCAGCAAUGGAAAGAAGCUAAAGUUUCCACCAGAGAAGAAUGGCAGAUGAAGUUGAUGGACUACACCGAAAUGGCUAAAAUGACUGGAAGAGUCAGAAAUCAGGAAGACCAAAAUUAUAGUAAGGAAUGGGGAAAAUUUAUAAGACAGUUCAAAAUCAUUAGCAGGAUUGGAAUAGCACUUGUAGUUUAAGGUUGAUUCUGGACAUAAUGGAAGGGGUGAAGGGUUUGGAUGAUCCUAAAAGAUACGAGAGGAAAGGAUUAAUAAUAGGACCCACAAAGGGGAGGAGGAAAGUCCAGGAGAUUCCUUGGAAUCUUGUUUUUUAUGCUUUAUGUUUGAUAUAUCUCUGUAAAAAUUUUCAAUAAAUUAAAAAUAAAAGCAUUAGGAAUAUAUUUAUUUAUUUACCUUUUGACCACAGGUUGACUCUGUGCAGUUGCAUUGGCAGAUCUAGUAGUGCAGGAACAUUUCCUUUAAAAUAAUAAAUUAUUAAGAGUUUCAACAUACCCAAAUUAUCAAAACAUAUCAUCUUCUUUUCAUUCCCCCCUUUUUCCCCUCCCCUCCAAAUAACCUUCCUCUCCCCCAAGACUUCCCUCAGUUCCUCUCUCUGACUUUUCAACACAUGUUUUCUCUGCAUGUUAUAAAAAUGUAAAAAUCUCUAAAUCCUCCAUCUAAUAUAUUAACAAAUAAAUUUGUGUCAAGUUUAUUCAAAACCUGCCAAGGAGUCCAAUUCGCUUUGUUGUUUCUUUAAAUAGUCUGUAAAUGAGUUUGCCAUUCUUCUUUGAAGUCACAGUUGUCCUUAUCCCACUGGUUGUUUCAUCAAUUUUGCCAGUUCCACAUGAAGUCCACCAGUUAUCUUGCCUCUUCUUUGUCCGGGUUUCUUCAUUCUUCCAUCCUUGUGCUACUAAAUUACCUUGCCGCCAUUGUCACGGCUACAUGUCUCUUCUUCAUUUUCCUUAGCCCAGGUCUUUUCCUACAAUCCCCUAACAGAAAUGCUUCUGGUUUUUACAAAUGUUAGUUUGAACAUUUUCUUUAACUCAUGAUGUAUCAUUUCAGCUUUUUAAUUUCUCCUACAAUCCACCACAUAUGAUAAAAAUUCCCUUCUUCUUCCUUACAUUUCAGCAUAUAUUUGAGCCAGUUUUAUACAUUCUUGCUAUCUGUACAAUUAUUUAUAUACCAUCUAUACAUCAUUUUCAUGUGAGUACGGGAAUAACAGGGUGCUCGAAACCGCGAUCUUCCAGACGACGUGAAACCGUGUUGUGUAAAGGAGAUGUGAGCAGGUGGAAAGACCGCUCGGCGGCCUCCUCGCUUCGAGGGAUUAGUCUUCUCUCGCCGGAGGGGGGUGAGAAGAGGUUAUGUGAGGUCUCCAGGCCUCUGGAACAGCCCCACUGCAAAUUCUGCAAAGGGCGGAAGGGGGGGGGGUGUGAACCAACCCUUCGCCUUCAGGAGUUUGGCUCGGAGAAAUCCCUGAGCCGCUGCCAACUCCCCGGGCCUUUAACCAAAGUUGGGAAAGAAGGUCGGCUGGACAAGCUUCCUGCUAUUAAUAGAGGCCGGAUUUCUCUCUCCCUAUAAUGUGCAGCCUUGCAGAAGUGGAACGAAAGAUGCUCAACAGAGGGCAAGCGGCAGGGGGGUGCGUACUCAGAGAUAUUAGGUAUAUUAAAAAGCCAAGAGAACCAGUUUCUCCCUACUUCUCCCCCCUCUCCAAAACACACCAAAUAUUUGUGUGUUUUUUUAAUUCUUUGAUUAACAACCAAACAGCGUACAAUCAACCUACUUGAAAUAAAAGUUUAAAAAAAUUAAAAAUUGUCCAGUAGCACCUUAUAGACCAACUCAGUUUCUUCUGGUACAAGCUUUCGUGUGCAUGCACACUUAUUCAGAUGCUUGUUGUUGUUGUUUAGUCGCUUAGUCCUAUCCGACUCUUCGUGACCCCCUGGACCAGAGCACGCCAGGCACUCCUGUCUUCCACUGCCUCCCGCAGUUUGGUCAAACUCAUGUUAGUAGCUUCGAGAACACUGUCCCACCAUCUUGUCCUCUGUCGUCCCCUUCUCCUUGUGCCCUCCAUCUUUCCCAACAUCAGGGUCUUUUCCAGGGAGUCUUCUCUUCUCCUGAGGUGGCCAAAGUCUUGGAGCCUCAGCUUCAGGAUCUGUCCUUCCAGUGAGCACUCAGGGCUGAUUUCCUUCAGAAUGGAGAGGUUUGAUCUUCUUGCAGUCCAUGGGACUCUCAAGAGUCUCCUCCAGCACCAGAAUUCAAAAGCAUCCAUUCUUCGGCGAUCAGCCUUCUUUAUGGUCCAGCUCUCACUUCCAUACAUCACUACUGGGAAAAUACAGUGGUACCUCGGGUUAAGUACUUAAUUCAUUCCGGAGGUCUGUUCUUAACCUGAAACUGUUCUUAACCUGAAGCACCACUUUAGCUAAUGGGGCUGCCUGCAGCAGCUGCGCUGCAGAGCCCGAUUUCUGUUCUCAUCCUGAAGCAAAGUUCUUAACCUGUAGCACUAUUUCUGGGUUAGCGGAGUCUGUAACCUGAAGCGUAUGUAACCUGAAGCGUAUGUAACCCGAGGUACCACUGUACAAACAUUAGAGGAGAACGUUUUGCAGAAAUAGAUAUGUUAGACAAAAUACACUGAAGCGUACUGUAGUUUUCGGUGUAUAAGACAAGCUUUUUUUCCCCCUUUAAAAAGGAUGUUUAAAAUUUGGGCUCGUCUUAUACAUGGUAGUUCAGAGUGGGGGCUGGCUCAACAACUCUGGGAAAUCCCCCCCCCCCAUUUUCUUAAAUCAGAGUCCCCCAAAAUAGGGGUCGUGUUAUACACAAGGGCGUGUUAUACAUGGAAAAAUACGCUAUAUAUCAGGAGAUAUUCCAACUAAACCACUAAUGAAUUUUCAUGACUUUUUUUAAAAAACUGCGAUCUGAUGUGGGAAAUGUUGGAGAACUGGAAUUAGGAUUGGGAGAAAAAGGGAAGGAAAAGAAAACUUGGCUAUAUGCAACCUGCGCCUGUGUAAUUUGUUUCUUAAAAAAACAGCACUGAAUCUGCUCUCUCUCUGUGUGCAGUUUUGCAAUGACUUGCAAGAAUAUUGCAAUUAUCUGCACAUCCGGUGCUUUUCAUUUGGAUAAAAAAUAGGUGGUGGAACUCACAACAAAGUUGGCUUGUUUGUUUUAUUGCAAUUGUUUUAUUGCAAUUGUUUUAUUGUUUUAUUGCAGUGCCACACACACACAAAAAUCCUGGGCAGUAAGAUGUGAUUAAUAAACUCAAGCAGACAAUGGUCUGGAUUAGAAAUGGCCACCAUUUUAUCGAUUAUAGACAUAGGUGGAUUUUGAGCUCAGGCAUUGGGUAUAUAUCCAUUCCAGCCCCCCCUCCAGUCAAAUACAGUGGUUGUUGUUUAGUCGUUUAGUCGUGUCAGCCUCUUCAUGACGCCCUGGACCAGAGCACGCCAGGCCCUCCUGUCUUCCACUACCUCCCGCAGUUUGGUUAGACUCAUGUUUGUAGCUUCGAGAACACUGUCCCACCAUCUCGUCCUCCGUCGUCCCCUUCUCCUUGUGCCCUCCAUCUUUCCCAACAUCAGGGUCUUUUCCAGGGAGUCUUCUCUUCUCAUGAGGUGGCCAAAGUCUUGGAGCCGCUUUGGUGGAGGGAAGUCUGAGAAUUGGGAGGGGGUUUAAAAAUGUUUUCUUUUCGGUUAUUUUUUAAUGUUAAUGAGAAAUGUGCGGGGUAAUAUGGUAUUGAUACAAUGUGGCAUAUAAUUGAAAACUAAUAAAAAUUAUUUGACAACAACAAAAAUUUAUUUAUUUAUAUACAGUGGUACCUCGGGUUACAGACGCUUCAGGUUACAGACUCUGCUAACCCAGAAAUAGUGCUACAGGUUAAGAACUUUGCUUCAGGAUGAGAACAGAAAUCGGGCUCUGGCGGCGCAGCUGCAGCAGGAGGCCCCAUUAGCUAAAGUGGUGCUUCAGGUUAAGAACAGUUUCAGGUUAAGAACAGACUUCCGGAAUGAAUUAAGUACUUAACCCAAGGUACCACUGUACGCUAUUGGCACACUUUACCCUAGUAUCACGGUAGCAAUUUUUUUUCCUGGGGAACACCAUUGCAAAAUUCAGUUACGUGUGAAUUUCUGAGGCUGGCUGCACUUCGGUUCUCAUCUUGUUUCGGAAAAUGUGGAUUAGGGAGGUUUGCCUUCAAGUGCAAAGUUAGACUUAGUUUCUCCUCCCCAUCUGCAGCUGUCAGUCAAUGUGGAGAGUCACAUGCAAUAUGAUAUCACUCCAGGGUGUUACUGAACAUCAAAGGGCAUCAGUCGAGACCUUACGAGGACUGAGUGGAUGUUAAAAUGCUUUAAUUAAAAUAACAAAUCUCUCCACAAAGUGCAUGCAGUUAAAGAAUGAGUCAUUGACUUCUGAAACUUCUUACCUUGACAUAUCAAGUUUACACAUGAGAAAGAAAGAAAGAAAGAAAGAAAGAAAGAAAGAAAGAAAGAAAGAAAGAAAUCUCUAGAGUUUGCAAGUGUUGUGUUAUUGUGGAGAAGAAGGAGAGUCUGCCUCAUAGUUUUCCCCAACCCAAUACCUUGGGUUAAGAACUUAAUUCAUUCUGGAGGUCCGUUCUUAACCUGAAACUGUUCUUAACCUGAGGCACCACUUUAGCUAAUGGGGCCACCCGCUGCCGCCGCUGCGCGAUUUUUGUUUUCAUCCUGAAGCAAAGUUCUUAACCCGAGGUACUAUUUCUGGGUUAGCGGAAUCUGUAACCUGAAGCGUCUGUAACCUGAAGCAUCUGUAACCCAAGGUACCACUGUAGGUAGAUUACACAUGUUCUUAGGGCACCAGCAAAGCUUGUUUAAAGGAUUUGAAAUUUUCUAUUUUUUAUAAAGUGCCUCAAAACAGUCAUCAUGGGAAAAAUCAGAACUUCCGCCAUCACUACAGAUUCUUUCUCCACUUUUCUGUUCUUAUUUUUUUACUUAAAGGUAAAUGGACCCCUGACCAUUAGGUCCAGUCGUGGCCGACUCUGGGGUUGUGCCGCUCAUCUCGCUUUACUGGCCAAGGGAGCCGGCAUACAGCUUCCGGGUCAUGUGGCCAGCAUGACUAAGCCGCUUCUGGCGAACCAGAGCAGCGCACAGAAACACCGUUUACCUUCCCGUCGGAGUGGUACCUAUUUAUCUACUCGUAGUUUGAUGUGCUUUCGAACUGCUAGGUUGGCAGGAGCUGGGACCGAGCAACGGGAGCUCACCCCAUCGUGGGGAUUCGAACCGCCGACCUUCUGAUCAGCAAGUCCUAGGCUCUGUGGUUUAACCCACAGCGCCACCCGCGUCCCAUUUUAUUACUUAUUCCCACCCGAAACCAGGGGGCAUCCUAGUAAUCUGAUCAGGAGAGCUCGAAAUUAAACCCUGACAGGGAGGGAGGCAGUAUUACAGAUGACAUCAGAACACCUGUUACUGGGGACAAUAACUUCACUGAUCCACAGGAAACUAGGGUGGCGCUAGAGGACCCAGCUAAUGGUCAGGAAACGACAAGAAGGAAAUCCAGCUCUCACUUCCAUACAUCACUGCUGGGAAGACCAUAGCUUUAACUAUACGGACCUUUGUCGGCAAGGUGAUGUCUCUGCUUUUUAAGAUGCUGUCUAGGUUAGUCAUCGCUUUUCUCCCAAGAAACAGGCGUCUUUUAAUUUUGUGACUGCUGUCACCAUCUGCAGUGAUCAUGGAGCCCAAGAAAGUAAAAUCUCUCGCUGCCUCCAUUUCUUCCCCUUCUAUUUUCCAGGAGGUGAUGGGACCAGGGGCCAUGAUAUUAGGAAUUGUAGGUACCGAUAUUCCAAUGGAGCAGAACGGGCUUUUUAUGUAUGCAACAACAGCUGCACAGAUGUUAUUAGCCCAAAGAUGGAAAGAAGACGAAGUCGCUACCAGAGAAAAAUGGCAAACCAAGCAGUUGGAUUAUGCCGUAAUGGCGAAACUGACCGGAAAGCUCAGGAACCAAGAAGACCAAAACUUCAAUAAAGAAUGGGGGGGAAUUAUAACAUAUCUAGGAGGCCACUGUACGCAGAUGAGAACAUUAGCAGGAUUGCAAUAACAACUGUAAUGUAGCAAAUAUUAUGGACAGAAAGGAGAGAUAUAAAAUAUGGGUUAUGAAAUAAUAUUCAGUUGAAAAGGUUGACUAUAGGACCCAUGGAUGGGAAGGUGGAAAGUCCAGAGAUUCAGUAAAGGUAAAGGUAAAGGGACCCCUGACCAUUAGGUCCAGUCGUGACUGACUCUGGGGUUGCGGUGCUCAUCUCGCUUUAUUGGCCGAGGGAGCCGGCGUACAGCUUCCGGGUCAUGUGGCCAGCAUGACUAGGCCGCUUCUGGCGAACCAGAGCAGCGCAUGGAAAUGCUGUUUACCUUCCCGCCAGAGUGGUACCUAUUUAUCUACUUGCACUUUGACGUGCUUCCAAACUGCUAGGUUGGCAGGAGCAGGGACCGAGCAACGGGAGCUCACCCCGUGACGGGGAUUCGAACCGCUAACCUUCUGAUCGACAAGUCCUAGGCUCUGUGGUUUAACCCACAGCGGCACCCGCAUCCCUUUCAGAGAUUCAGAGAAAUCUCUAAAUAUGGAUAUGUAUUUUCUAUUGUAUUGUUAUAAUUCUAUAUUUGUAAAACCAAAUAAAAAUUAUUAUUUUUAAAACGAACAAAGGUGGAUUGCUUUGCUCAGGUUUGUCCACACUGUGGCUCUCUAAGAUUUUAGGCAAUUGUUGUCCCUAGUCCUUCUAGAGGUGACGAAGGUUGAAUCUGGUAGCCUUCUAUGGAUUUUUGUCCUGCCCUGAUGAUGUUCAGUAAAGCAAAACGAGAGACCAAAUGUUCAAAUGUUUCUUUAUUGAGUAUCCUGUGUGUUCUGGCACAAGCAGUUGCACAUAUAAAAACAAUUAGGGUGGGAAUUAAAAAUGUACAAACCAUUCAAAACAACAGCACAGGGGGUUGGAAUAGAUGAUGCUCAGGGUCCUUUUACAACUCUACGAUUCUUGCCUUCUCAGCUCUUUUUUUCAAUUUUUUCCCAAUUUUUUUUAUUGAUUUUCACAAACAAACAAACAUAAAUCAUAACCUUAUUAAAAUUGUACUUAUUAACAUUGUUAAGUGACUCCCUCGCUUCCCCUUGGUUGAGCUUCAAUGCAUAUCCUUUUAACGGUUUUCCAAAUCAGAGUUCUUAUAAACUUAACUUAAUCAUUUAACAUCCUUAUAAUGCUUCAAUUCGAAAUUAAACAUACAGUGGUACCUCGGGUUAAGUACUUAAUUCGUUCCGGAGGUCCUUUCUUAACCUGAAACUGUUCUUAACCUGAAGCACCACUUUAGCUAAUGGGGCCUCCCGCUGCUGCCGCCGCACGAUUUCUGUUCUCAUCCUGAAACAAAGUUCUUAACCUGAAGCACUAUUUCUGGGUCAGCAAAGUCUGUAACCUGAAGCGUCUGUAACCUGAAGCAUAUGUAACCCGAGGUACCACUGUAUUAAUUCAUCACUUAACUUAUAUAAAAUCCUAAGCCAAUCUAAUACCUGCAAGCUAUUUCCAAUUAGAUUAACUUAACAGCUUUAACCAAAUAAUCAUUAAAUUUUGUCCAUUCUUCCUCCCGCAUUUCCUCCCCUGUGGUGAAAACCUUUUCUUCAGCUUUGGAGGAAUUGCAGAGUGCUACAUACACCAGGAACCUAGUCAUGCAGGCGAAUCCUUUGUCUACAAGCCUGCUUUCAUCGCCACCCAGUUCCACCCCUCCUCUAUUCUCUCUCUCUCUCUCUCACUGGACUACAUUUCCCAGCAUGCUCUUCCAUCUGCGCAGAGAGGAAGGGCAGUAAGUUCAGAAGCAUUUCUCUGCCCCUACCCUCCCCUCCACCCAGCCACAACCCCCCAAUCAGCUUUGUUAAUUCCACAAGAGGGAGGGGGAAAGGACCAAUUCCUCCCCUGCCUCACAGCAUCCUUCCUGGUCCAUGACAGAGGAAGCAGCUGAAGAUGGGGGACCAAAAGGUAAAAAGAUGCUGAUGCGAGGGAUGCAGAGGAAAAAAAGAGGGAGGAUACAGGAUGCACCAACCAGGAAGCUGAGGACGAUGGAGAGAUGGAGAGGUGCUCGCUUUGGGCCAAAGGAGUUUCUGUCUCCGCCCUUCAUCUCUGCUUUGUCAUCCUCGUUCCCCGUCGACUUUGCAUCUUAGGGGAGGUUGCAAAGGUGCGGAGUUUGGGAGUUGCCUUUGCAGACUGAGAUGGAAAAGGCAGAGAGGGGGUUAAGGAGCGCUUUCUGCGUUUGCGACCUCAGGACGGCGGGUGUCUGUCUGCGUUGCCUCUCAGGCUGCGAGCACAGGCGCUAGUACAGUGGGGUGUGCCUCCAAAGUCAAGCAAAAUAAAAUCCCUACAGGUAGAAAGCUAGGCCUUCUCCUGCUAUCCUGCUUUUCUGUGUGCAAGGAUUUUUUAAAAAAUGUAGAAGAGAGCACUGCCAAAGCGGUGUGGAUAUUGUGCUAAAGGAACCAGGGGUCUGGCUCAUAAAAGACAGCUUCUUUGUGUUCAGGCUUCUCAUGAGAACUAGAAUCUUCCUUAAUUUUGUAGCUCUGCCAUAGCUGAGUGGCAGAACAUUUGCUUGGCAAGCAGAGAUCCAGAUUCAAAUCUUGGGCAUCUCCAAGGAAGGAUGGGAGAUGUUCCACGGCUGAAACUUUGGAGAGCUACUGUGAGUUAAGAUGGACCAGUGGUUUGGCUAGGGGGAAACUUAGAAUCAUAGAAUUGUAGGGUUGGAAGGGACCCCAAGGGUCAUCUAGUCCAACCCCAGGCAAUGCAGGAAUGUAUUUUUUAAAGUAUGGUUGUCUUAAAGAUAAUCAAUAAAUGGAAUUGCAAAGAGAAAUGUUUUGCCUGUCCGGUGUUUUAAAAAUGCUUUAUCAGGAGACUUACAAUUUUGACCUAUGUUCCGUUUUGCAAAAUUCAAAACUCACGUGCCCACUCAACCGCUUUGAUCAGCAGGUGCCACGCAAUAGCCGCUCCACAUUUAAUAAUAAUUUACUGCCUCUUGAGCUCAAGCAAGGCAUCUUCAUGUUACCUUUCCCAGCGCCUGCCUAAAGCAUCCCUGUUUGGGCAAGCCUAACCAGAUUUUUAGAAAGCUGAGCUAACUGUGAUCUUUUCCAGUAUUUUAGCUUUUGUAUGUUUUAAAAUUGGGCUGUAGGUUUUCUUGGUUUUAUUGACUUACCUGUUUUGUAAACCGCUUUGAAGUUAUUGUUGUUGUUUUACAAUCAAGUGGUGUGUAAAUUUUAUGACAUAAAGAUAGAGAUGAGAGAUGAGAGAUGAGAGAUGAGAGAUGAUGAGAGAUAGAUAGAUAGAUAGAUAGAUAGAUAGAUAGAUAGAUAGAUAGAUGAUAGAUAGAUAGAUAGAUAGAUAGAUAGAUAGAUAGAUAGAUAGAUAGAUAUAGAUGAUAGACAGAUGAUAGGUAGGUAGACAGAUAUAGAUAGAUAUAGAUAGAUAAUAGACAGACAGAUGAUAGAUAGACAGACAGACAGACAGAUAUAGAUAGAUAUAGAUAGAUAAUAGACAGACAGAUGAUAGAUAGACAGACAGACAGAUAUAGAUAGAUAGAUAUAGAUAGAUAAUAGACAGACAGAUGAUAGAUAGACAGACAGAUAUAGAUAGAUAGAUAUAGAUAGAUAAUAGACAGAUAGAUAGAUAGAUAGAUAGAUAGAUAGAUAGAUAGAUAGAUAUAGAUAGAUAGAUAGAUGAUAGAUAGAUAGAUAGAUAGAUAGAUGAUAGAUAGAUGAUAGAUAGAUAGAUAGAUAGAUAGAUAUAGAUAUAGAUAGAUAUAGAUAGAUGAUAGACAGAUGAUAGACAGAUGACAGACAGCUAUAGACAGACAGACAGACAGACAGACAGACAGCUAUAGACAGAUGAUAGAUAGAUAGAUAGAUAGAUAGAUAGAUAGAUAGAUGAUAGAUAUAGAUAGAUAGAUGAUAGAUAGAUAGAUAGAUAGAUAGAUAGACAAACAGAUAGACAGACAGAUAGAUAGAUACAGAUAGAUAAUAGACACGGAGAUGAUAGACAGACAGACAUAGAUAGAUGAUAGAUAGAUAGAUAGAUAGAUGAUAGAUAGAUAGAUAUAGAUGAUAGAUAGAUAAAUAAAUAGAUGAUAGAUAGACAGAUAGGUGUUUAGGAUUUGUGUGCCCUGCCUUUCACUGGCUAUAUUAUUGAUUAUUUUGUUGUUUACUUGUCACUGCAAUUUCAUGACAAUUUGAAAAGCAAAUUUUAAAAAGUUUCAUUGAGAAAGUGGGCGCGUAUCUGACCUCCCCAGGUAGCUCAGUGAGCAGAGCAUGAGACUCUUAAUCUCAGGGCCAAGGGUUCGAGCCCCACGCCAGGCGGAAGAGUCCUGCAUCACAAGGGGGUUGGACUAGAUGACCCUCGGGUGUCUCUUCUGACUCCACAAUUCUAUUAUUAUCGUGUAUACUCAAUAGCAAGGACAUCUGGGUGGUUAAAGUGUCAUUAGAGGGCAUGGAAGGAAUGCAUGAGCACACGCAAAUAAAAGAAACCGUUGACUCAAGGUGUUUUUUCCCUAAGGACGCCCUUAGGAAGAUCAUCACCACCCUGGCUGUGAAAAAUGAGGAAAUCCAAAAUUUCAUCUACGUCCUCAAACAGAUGCUACAGAACGUGGAGGUAACUUGGCUGAGGGUUCAGGGGUCAGCAGAGUUUGAUUUCUGCAGUGAGAGGUCCUGGCGCAGACCCUCGUCAAAGGAAGUUGCAUGACUGUAUAAACAGCCUACUAGAUAAAGGGUAAAGGGACCCCUGACCAUUAGGUCCAGUCGUGGCCGACUCUGGGGUUCAUCUCGCUUUAUUGGCCGAGGGAGCCGGCGUACAGCUUCCGGGUCAUGUGGCCAGCAGGAUUAAGUCGCUUCUGGCGAACCAGAGCAGCGCACGGAAACGCCGUUUACCUUCCCGCCAGAGUGGUAUCUAUUGAUCUACUUGCACUUGAUGUGCUUUCGAACUGCUAGGUUGGCAGGAGCAGGGACCGAGCAACGGGAGCUCACCCCGUCGCGGGGAUUCAAACCGCCGACCUUCCAAUCGGCAAGCUCUAGGCUCUGUGGUUUCACCCACAGAGCCACCCGCGUCCUAAACAGCCUACUACUUCAAGCCCAAUGUUAUUAACAUUGGGCUUCAGUAAAGCAAAUAAUUUAAUAAUUAGACAGCGCCUAUAUCAGGCAUCCCCAACCUGCGGCCCUCCAGAUGUUUUGGCCUACAACUCCCAUGAUCCCUAGCUAACAGGACCAGUGGUCGGGGAUGAUGGGAAUUGUAGUCCAAAACAUCUGGAGGGCCGAAAGUUGGGGAUGCCUGGCCUAUAUGAUAUUGAGCAGCAGAAUAAUCUGGCUUUUUGUCCACGGUGUGAUUAUUUUCCACCUAGUCAUUUUGACACUUUGGGCACCCUGUUUGCGUAAUUUAACAAUUCCAAAAUAUAGGUUUCACUUUCGCAAGAUCGAAUAUAGUGCCUUCGGGUCGAUUUAAAAAAAAACAAAAAACACACUGGAAAAACGGUUAUGUUCCUGCGGAGAUGGCAGUACUGAGUCAGUGGCUCGUAUGUUUCUGACUUGGACUCUUUAUAAAGAUUUGAGGAGUGAGGUUAUUACCAGCUUACCAGCUAACACAGAGCUAUCAAGUUCUUUUCUUUUCUUUUUGAAUUGAUUUAUUGGACUUAGAAAAAAUAACACAAAAUCAAAGUUAUCCAUAAAAAACAACAACAAAUAUCAAAAUCUGUGACAUUUUUUCACAGUCUUCUUUUGGUUCCAAUGUUGUUGUUGUUGUUGUUGUUGAGUCGUUUAGUCGUGUCCGACUCUUCGUGACCCCCUGGACCAGAGCACGCCAGGCACUCCUGUCUUCCACUGCCUCCCGCAGUUUGGUCAAACUCAUGCUGGUAGCUUCGAGAACACUGUCCCACCAUCUCGUCCUCUGUCAUCCCCUUCUCCUUGUGCCCUCCAUCUUUCCCAGCAUCAGGGUCUUUUCCAGGGAGUCUUCUCUUCUCAUGAGGUGGCCAAAGUCUUGGAGCCUCAGCUUCAGGAUCUGUCCUUCCAGUGAGCACUCAGGGCUGAUUUCCUUCAGAAUGGAGAGGUUUGAUCUUCUUGCAGUCCAUGGGACUCUCAAGAGUCUCCUCCAGCACCAUAAUUCAAAAGCAUCCAUUCUUCGGCGAUCAGCCUUCUUUAUGGUCCAGCUCUCACUUCCAUACAUCACUACUGGGGAAAACCAUAGCUUGAACUAUGCGGACCUUUGUUGGCAAGGUGAUGUCUCUGCUUUUUAAGAUGCUGAUUUUAAGAUGCUGGUUCCAUAUCUAUUUCAUCCCAAAAUUCCUUAAUCUUUUUGCAUGUCCACCACAUAUGCAGUAUAAAUCCCACUGUUUUUCCACAUCUAUAACAUUUAUAUGAUACAUUUUUGUAUCAAGUUCAUACAUGCCUGAUUUCAUCUUGCCAGGCCAAUUCAGACCGAGUCCAGCAAGACCUUGAGGCAGAGUUCCAGUCACUGUUCACCCUGUUGGAUGAGCUGAAAGAUGGGAUGCUGAUGAAGAUCAAACAGGAUCGAGCCAGCAGGACUUACGAGUUGCAGGUAAGGGGCUCCUGAGUUGUCUGGCCAGAGUGGUCCAUGCUCUGGUUAUCUCCCGCUUGGACUACUGCAAUACUCUCUACCUGGGGCUACCUUUGAAGGUGACCCGGAAACUACAACUAAUCCAGAAUGCAGCAGCUAGACUGGUGACUGGGAGCAGCCGCUGAGACCAUAUAACACCGUUCCUGAAAGACCUGCAUUGGCUCCCAGGACAUUUCCAAGCACAAUUCAAAGUGUUGGUGCUGACCUUAGAAGCCCUAAAUGGCUUUGGUCCACUAUACCUGAAGAAGCGUCUCCACCCCCAUCAUCCAACCCGGACACACUGAGGUCCGGCUCCGAGGGCCUUCUGGUGGUUCCCUCAUUGUGAGAAGUGAGGAUACAGGGAACCAGGCAGAGGGCCUUCUCGGUGGUGGCACCUGCCCUGUGGAACGCUCUCCUGUUCAAGGUCAAGGAAAUAAACAACUAGCUGACUUUUAGAAGACAUCUGAAGGCAACCCUGUUUAGGGAAGUUUUUAAUGUUUGAUGUUUUAUUGUGUUUUUAAUAUUCUAUUGGGAGCUGUCCAGAGUGGGUAGGGAAACUCAGCCAGAUGGGCGGGGUAUAAAUAAUAAAUUAUUAUUAUAAUUAUAACCUGCAUGGACUGUCUCACCAGAGAGCGUAUACUCAGUCUGCUUAAUUCCUUCGAUGACCAGGCAGAACCCUGCCUCAGACAUGCUUGCUAUAACAUCUCUCUCUCUGUGUCUCCUUCUUCUGUUCCACAAACCACUCCUUGCUCCAGAACCAGCUGGCUGCGUGCACAAAAGCCUUGGAGAGCUCCGAGGAACUACUGGAAACAGCCAAUCAAACCCUCCAGGGGGCUGAGAACCAUGACUUCAACCAGGUACAAAGAGCUGCUCGCUCGACUUGCCUCCCUGGGCAAUGCGCUCAGUGGUUCGGGAGUGGGUCAGGUGUAGAGAGCUUGGCGGGUAGUCUCCCAGCCCACAUAUUUCGGAGAAACAGGAUUACCCUACUUUUCGCUCUAUAAGACGCACCAGACCACAAGACGCACCUAGUUUUUGGAGGAGGAAAACAAGAAAAAAAUGUAUUCUGAAUCUCAGAAGCAAGAACAGCAAGAGGGAUCACUGCACAGUGAAAGCAGCAAUCCCUCUUGCUGUUCUGGCUUCUGGGAUAGCUGCGCAGCCUGCAUUCGCUCCAUAAGACGCACACGCAUUUCCCCUUACUUUUUAGGAGGGAAAAAAUGAGUCUUAUAGAGCAAAAAAUACGGUAAAUGGUGACGGAACAGAUGCAAGGCUCUGCAAAGCCUGUGUGACUUUGGAAAUAUUUCGGGAUUCCUGUUGACGCAGAGCCCAAAGCGGCCUGCGCUUCUGUGGGAAUUUAGGUGGGGGCCCUGUAAGCCACCAACAAAGAGCGAGCGCAAGAGCAAUAAGGCCAUCAUUAUCAGAUUAUGAUUAUUGAUUAAAUGUGUAUCCCUCCUGAAAUAUACUCGGAGUCGAGAGUGGAUUUCAUGCUCUGUAUUCAGCUCAUAGUGGUGAGGAGGAAUGGAAGUUCCCCCACAAUAUCUGCUUUAUAUACAUUAUUUACACAAUGGGCUGCACGUGAUUGGCUAAUUCUGGGAUUCUCCUGUAGGCCAGUCAGGUUGCGGAUUCACUUCCAUCUGGAGCUGGAUUGGGUGGCUCCUGCGGACCAAUCAUACUGCUGCAUUGUUCUAUGACCAAUCAGACUGCUGCAUCCUGGAUCCUAUUGUUCUAGGACCAAUCAGACUGCGGCAUUUUGGAUACUAUUCAACUCAGUACAUAACACCGCCCAAUAACUGCAGGUCUCUGACCAUGCAUUUUAGGAACAGAUGGUUGAUAGGCUUUUACGUUCAAUCGCGGGAUCAUGAGUUCUGAGGCCGAAUGGGGGAGUUCGGAGGGGACAGACGGACGGCAGUUUCAGGGAUGUGCUUUUAAACUUGGUUUGCAUGGGUAUUCCUUAGUCUAGUACAGAGAUGGGGAACCUUGCGGAGGGCCCUCAACUAAAGGUAAAGGGGCCCCUGACCACAAGGUCCAGUCGUGACCGACUCUGGGCUUGCGGCGCUCAUCUCGCUUUACUGGCUGAGGGAGCCGGUGUACAGCUUCCAGGUCAUGUGGCCAGCAGGACUAAGCUGCUUCUGGCGAACCAGAGCAGCGCACGGAAACGCCGUUUACCUUCCCGCCGGAGCGGUACCUAUUUAUCUACUUGCACUUUGACGUUCUUUUGAACUGCUAGGUUGGCAGGAGCAGGGACCGAGCAACGGGAGCUCACCCCGUUGUGGGGAUUCGAACUGCCAACCUUCUGAUCAGCAAGUCCUAGGCUCUGUGGUUUAACCCACAGCGCCACCCGCGUCCCAUAUGCCCAGAACUUACUUGACUGCAAAACCCAUCAUCCCUGACCAUCGGCUGCUGGGGCAACACCCGGGAAGUUGCAUGUUCUCCAUCUCUGUACAAGCAAUGUGUUGGUGCUGUUUUCCUCAUCUUGAAUUAUAACUGGUGACCCCCUCCCUCCCUCCCUUUCUCUCUCUCUUUUUUACUCUUUCGCCCUCUUUCUCGCGCUUCUUUGAAGGCUGCUAAACAGAUCAAAGACAGGUACGUUGCAUUCCGGAAAAAACCUCUUGCUCCACAAGUUUUCUCCUCUGCCAAAGACCACGUUUAGACCAAAGGGCAUAAAAUAUACCGCCAUGGUCCCUGUGCCCAGGCCCCCAUCCCACACCCCUCCUGCCUUAUCCAAGGCCCAACUUGCUGCAGACCAAUUUAUUUUCGACGCACCCCCGACCUUUUCCUGAAUUUCAGUUAUGGCGGGCGAGAGACUUUAGCGGUUCAUACGCAGCGUGGAGAGGGAUGCUCAAGUGUCUAAUCCUCAUAUUAUUCUUGGCCUUCCCUCCCCCUGCAAGGAAAGUCCACUUUGUACGUGCUCAGAAGCAACCUGCCCCAUCCUGUACAAAAAUACUGAAACUCACCUUUGCUUGUAGACAGGGAAAGACGCUUUGCGCAUGUUCUGUGGCAUUCUCUUCCCACCCACCCCCUAAAUUGAUUUAUUGUUAUUCACAUUUUAUACUGUAUUUUAUGCUGUUUUUUGUUGCAUCAAAUAAUAACAAUAAUAAUUUUAAUAAUAAUAAUAAUAAUAAUAAUAAUAAUUUAUUAUUUAUACCCCGCCCAUCUGUCUGGAUUUCUCCAGCCACUCUAGGCGGCUUCCAAUGGAAUAUUAAAAUACAGUAACCUAUUAAACAUUAAAAGCUUCCCUAAACAGGGCUGCCUUCAGAUGUCUUCUAAAAAUCUGGUAGUUGUUUUCCUCUUUGACAUCUGGUGUUUUAAAUAAGUGCUUUAAAUUUGUUGUUAGCUGCCCUGAGCCCAGUUUUUGAACCAGGAAGGGUGGGGUAUAAAUAAAAAAAUAUUAUUAUUAUUAUUAUUAUUAUGAAAACCCUUGGUAUUCUCAGUGGUUUCCAGGCUGACCCCUCUCAAAGUCUAGACACUGGGUUCUUGUAUGUUUCACAAUCUUUGCUCCAAGGCCUCUUUGCUUCGGCCCCACUCCAUUUGUGUGGAUGUAGUUGGGAUGAGGGUUGUCGUUUGGGGAGGGGGGGCUCUCUAACAAAUUUCUCUCCACCCCCCUCCCUUCGGACCCGCUCCUUAAUUAAGAACUUAAUUCGUUCCGGAGGUCCGUAUUUAACCUGAAAUUGUUCUUAACCUUAAAGCACCACUUUAGCUAAUGGGGCCUCCCGCUGCCACCACGAUUUCUGUUCUCAUCCUGAAGCAAAGUUCUUAACCUGAAGCACUAUUUCUGGGUUAGCGGAGUCUGUAACCUGAAGCGUAUGUAACCCGAGGUACCACUAUAGUUGGGAUGAGGGUUGUCGUUUAUUUCGGGGGACACUCUCUAACAAAUUCCUCUCCUUCCCCCUCCCUUCGGACCCAAUCCUCCGCAGCGUGACCAUGGCGCCUGCGUUUCGGCUCUCCCUCAAGGCCAAAGUCAGCGACAACAUGAGCCACCUGAUGGUCGAUUUUGGCCAGGAGCGUCGGAUAUUGCAAUCUCUGAAAUUUCUGCCAGGUAUUCGGGGUUGAACUUUAUUACGGUCACAGACCAGGAUAAAACAAACAAACAAACAAAAAAAGAUAUAAAUAAAAUAGCAGGUUUUGUUUUGUUUUUAACCGAUAAUUGUUAGAGCAAAUAAGGACAAAGAAACAAGCAUAGGAUAAAACAUCUGAAUAAAAUACAAGAUUAAACACGGAUAAUGGAUGGGGGAUGUCAGGGAACUGCCAUCAGUGCCGGAGGGAGAGAGCAAGCUCCAGAGGGAUUCCAGAGAGCGUCCCGGGAUUGGGAGAGGCAGCCCAUCUUCUGGGGAAGAGAAUCAGCGUAGCACCAGUGGAGAAGGGGGGCAGAUGGGGGAAGCGGCGAGGCGGUCCCAUGACUCCUUGCCGGGGACCAGUGGGGAGAGUUGGGGUCCUCCGCUGCCUACGCCCUCCUUGCGCAGAAGGCUUUCGCGCAGAGAGAGUAGGAGGAGACUAGGCGUCAAAGAGCUUCUUUGCUGGAAGAAGUUUAAGAAACGCCCACUGACGGAUUCUGCCAGCGAUUGAGACAGCCACGGGUGAGUGGCUGUCUGGACAGAAAAGGUUCGCUCAGGCAACCCAGCCAGGUGUUUGCACCGGCUUACGCACGAGCAACCCCUAGAACCAUUACAGGUAAAAACUGAUAAUUAAAACAGAUAAGAAAUAAAAACAAGCAUUUAAAACAACUGUAGGAGCAGAAGAACUAAAAGACUCGCAGUUAAAACAACUGUAAGAGGCUGCAGAGUAGAAGCCUCUGAAAUAGAGGACACUCACAACAUUAGAAACUGUUGUGCAAAUAUGGUUAAAACAGACAAUUAAAACAAUGUACAACAAUAAAUUUAGAAACAAUGUACAACAAUAAACUAUCCCAGGGAGUUGACUCAGAGUCACCCAUGGAACCGAGUUUGGGGAUUUUCAUGCCGGACUGUUUUGAGUUGGGCAAUGGUCUGCGCCUACAGAUUUGUACACAGAAUAUGGCGACCGUCCAGGUCUUCUUCUGAUCUUUGCCUAACAGCAAAAGGUCAAAUUUUUACUUUUGCGGGAGGUCGGCAAGCCUCACCAGUAGGGGAUCAAUGAUCUUACUACGUGCCUCUUCAUAAAAGGGGUUCCUGGAUGGUUAGCAUGUCAGGCAAGUACUGCGAGGGAGCUGGGUUCGAAUUCCCACUUGCUGGCUGACCGUUUAUCAGCCUUACCUACCUCGCAGUGUUGUCACGUUGUCAUUUCACCCAAACUUUUUCCUGGUGCUGUGCAAAGUUCUAAGACAACAACACAGUCCCUGUCGUAGAUACAAAGGGGGAAAGAACUGGAGGGAGGGAGGGCGAAAGAAGCAGAUUCGUGCACAAGUUCUCCUCCCGAAGAUUUUUGUAAUUAUUAUUUUAAGGCGGUGGAGCCUAGCCUGCUGCCCUCCUCCCUUGGUUGUUGAGUUCUGCUUGCCUGGAGCUCAUCCUACACUCAGCAGUUUGCGAAAUAAAAUAAAUGAAUUAAAUGAGCCACAUGCAUUAAUUUCGGUGAGUCUGAGUGAGGUUCCUGAUCAGGGCCGGAUUUAGGUUUGAUGAGGCCCUAAGCUACUGAAGGUAAUGGGGCCCUUUCUAUGUCCAGCUGUCCUUUGUCAACAACAAAUUGUCGCUUUUUUUUGGUGUACCACUGUACAUAGAAAUGAGCAAACCAGUGAUAUCUGAGGGAGCAGGCUAGCUGUCAACUUACAGAUUUGAAAAUAAGAGACCAGCAACCUCCAAAAUAAGGGAUCAACAAUUACUUUUAUAAAAUACAUAUUUUGUUGCGUGCAAAUGGCUUUAGAUACCUAUUAGGUCCAUAAAUUACCAUAUAGCAUAUAUUCAACACACACAAAAACAGCAACAAUUUGUUGUUGACAAAGCAAGCUGGACAUAGAAAGGGCCCCAUUACCUUCAGUAGCUUAUUUAAGAGACAUCAUCAAUAAGGGACAGCAGCGGGACAUGGCGCUGGGAUAAGGGACUGUCCCGCCAAAUAAGGGACGCUUGACAGCUAUGCCAAUAUAUCCUGAUCUAUAAUUCUGUGCACCUAUCCUCUCUGAUUGUCCACUUGCAAACCUAGUCCCCAGUGCCCCGGAGAUAGACACGGCCGAAUCUUUGGUGGCUGAUAACUGUGUGACUCUGGUUUGGAGGAUGCCCGAAGAGGACAGCAAGAUUGAUCACUACGUGCUAGAGUAUCGUCGGACCAACUUUGAAGGUCCCCCCCGAGUCAAAGAAGACCAGCCAUGGAUGGUCAUCGAAGGAAUUAAGGAGACUGAGUAUACGCUCUCUGGUGAGACAGCCCAUGCAGGUUAUAAUAAUAAUAAUAAUUUAUUAUUUAUACCCCGCCCAUCUGGCUGGGUUUCCCCACCCACUCUGGACGGCUCCCAAUAGAAUAUUAAAAACACGAUAAAACAUCAAACAUUAAAAACUUCCCUAAACAGGGUUGCCUUCAGAUGUCUUCUAAAAGUCAGGUAGUUGUUUAUUUCCUUGACCUUGGAUGGGAGGGCGCUCCACAGGGCGGGUGCCAACACCAAGAAGGCCCUCUGCCUGGUUCCUUGUAAUCUCACUUCUCGCAAUGAGGGAACUGCCAGAAGGCCCUCAGAGCUGGACCUCAGUGUGUCCGGGCUGGACGAUGGGGAUGGAGACGCUCCUUCAGGUAUAGUGGACCAAGGCCAUUUAGGGCUUUAAAGAUCAGCACCAACACUUUGAAUUGUGCUCGGAAACAUCGUGGGAGCCAAUGUAGGUCUUUCAGGACCGGUGUUCUAUGGUCUCGACGGCCACUCCCAGUCACCAGUGUAGCUGCCGCAUUCUGGAUUAAUUGCAGUUUCCGGGUCACCUUCAAAGGUAGCCCCACGUGGAGCGCAUGGCAGUAGUACAAGCGGGAGAUAACCAGAACAUGGACCACUCUGGCGAGACAGUCCGAAAGCAGGUAGGGUCUCAGCCUACGUACCUGAUGGUUGCAGGUGUUAUAAGAAAAAACUUCUCCCUCUCUCUUAUGGGGUAUUCCAGAGCCCAUAUGGAGUCCUUAAGUGGGUUCACUAUAGGUAGGAGAAAAUAACAGAGGCCAACCAGAGUAUAUUGAGAAGCAAAGCGGCUAGUAAGCCUGAUCUUUAUCAAAGGCAAUAAACUGUUGCAACAGGGUCCCCACCCACCGCAUGCAGGAGGGAGGAGGAACCCAGAACAAUGAUGCAUAAGCCCAUAUAAAGACUUUUGAAAUUGCCCACCCAGUAGCCCAAGACCACCCCCCACAACAUCACACAUACAUCACAGAAGGAGGUGGUCCCUGGCAGAAAUUUGAGAGUGUUGCUUCUCUCCUGUCUGCCAGUUACCUGGUAAUAAUACCUUACUGGAUUGCAUUUUCUGGGUAGCCUGGCUAUUCCUUUGAGAUGGUAAAUACUUAGUUCCUGAAUCUCUUAGGCAUAUUAAUUAUGUGUGUUCAGCUUAACAUACACUUGCCAGGCUGUAUUUGCAAAGGGAGAUGUAAGCCCCUACAGUCCAAAGACAAUUGGAAAGCUUUUCCCAUUUCCUGCCUCCUUGCAGAGAAAUAUUUGAGGUCAAUUUGGGAGAGUCAAAAUGGCUUCAGGAUUGCUCUCCUGUACUAUUUCAGACACGUGGUUUAUAUACUUAUGUAUGUGUUUGCCUUGCACAUUUAUGCACAUUUAUUUUAUAUUUGGGGACGCGGGUGGCGCUGUGGGUUAAACCACAGAGCCUAGGACUUGCCGAUCAGGAGGUUGGCAGUUCGAAUCCCCGCGACGGGGUGAACUCCCGUUGCUCAGUCCCUGCUCCUGCUCACCUAGCAGUUUGAAAGCACAUCAACGUGCAAGUAGAUAAAUAGGUACCACUCCAGUGGGAAGGUAAAUGGUGUUUCUGUGUGCUGCUCUGGUUCGCCAGAAGAGGCUUAGUCCUGCUGGCCACAUGACCCAGAAGCUGAACGCCGGCUCCCUCGGCCAAUAAAGCGAGAUGAGCGCCGCAACCCCAGAGUCGGCCAUGCCGGCUCCCUCGGCCAAUAAAGCAAGAUGAGCGCCGCAACCCCAGAGUCGGCCACGACUGGACCUAAUGGUCAGGGGUCCCUUUACCUUAUUUUAUAUUUGAGACCUUAGAAUUCUUAUAACACAGGGUUUGGGAAGCACCUAUACACAAUUGUUGGCUGAGGAAGUUGACCCUUUGUCCGUUUCCCGCUGCAGGGCUGAAAUUUGACAUGAAGUACAUGAAUUUCCGCGUCAAAGCCUGCAACAAAGCUGUGGCGGGAGAGUUUUCUGAGCCGGUCACUUUGGAAACGAGAGGUGAGCAUUCGCCGGGAAGGCCUGCCCUUGCAAAGACUUCCAGAUUUGACCAGCGAGAGGGAACGCUGUUAAAAUGGCAGCGUCAAAAUGGGCAGGGUUUGUCGGCCAAAUUAGAAACCCACCGCAGACCCACCACUUCUGGCCACAAACUUGUGGGACUUGUGGCUGGUCCUGGGCCUGAGAACAACCUUAGCCCUUCCCCCAAACAAAGGAUAAAUAUUAGGAGAUGUUUCUUAAUGGUAAGUCUGUCUUGGGAGCUGGUAGGAUCUUCUUCCUUAAGUAGAGGGCCAAGUUAUUUCAGUGACAAACCAAUACGGCAUUUAUAAUCCAUAAAAUAAUUGUUAUUGUUGUUGUUGUUAUUUAUUACUUAUAACCCACCCAUCUGGCUGGGUUUCCCGCCCCACUCCGGGUGACUCCCAACAGAAUAUUUAAAAAAAGAUAAAACAUCAAACAUUAAAAACUUUCCUAAGCAGGGCUGCCUUCAGAUGUCUUUUAAAGAUAGGAUAACUGCUUAUUUCCUUGACAUCUGAUGGGAGGGCGUUCCACAGGGAGGGUGCCACUACCAAAAAGGCCCUCUGCCUGGUUCCCUGUAACCUCACUUCUCGCAGUGAGGGAACCACCAGAAGGCCCUCGGAGCUGGACCUCAGUGUCCGGGCUGAACAAUGGGGGUGGAGACGCUCCUUCAGGUAUAGUGGACCAAGGCCAUUUAGGGCUUUAAAGGUCAGCACCAACACUUUGAAUUGUGCUCGGAAACGUACUUCAACAUUAACAGAACAGCAGAUAAUCAUCAUCAUCAUCUAAGCACUGUUGAAACAGAGGCAAAAUGAAUUAUGCUUGGACCAUUGUGGAUGCUCUAGUUGAGAUUUCUGCAUUUCACGGGUUGGACUGGAUGACCCAACUCUAUGAUUCGAUGACUCUCCAAUGAAUCGCUAGAACCCGCCUUUCUCUGCCCUCAGCUUUCGUGUACCGCCUUGAUGCCACGACCAGCCACCAGAAUCUCAAGGUAGAAGAUGCCAGUGUGGAAUGGGAUGCCAUGGGUGGGAAGGUGCAAGACAUCAAAGCUCGCGAAAAGGACGGGAAGGGUCGUACUGCGUCGCCAGUUAACUCCCCAGCCAGGUAAGACCUCUUGCCUCUAUCCUAGGCGUAGCGAACAUGGUGCACUCCCGAUAUUGUUAGAUACCAGCUCCCAUGACAGCCUACGGACAUACAGAGAGCCAGUGACCCAUCAAGACCAGCAUCCUGUUUUCACGGGGGCCAGCCAGGGGCCCAUGGGAAGCAGGGACGUGGGUGGCGCUGUGGUCUAAACCACUGAGCCUCUUGGGCUUGCCGUUUGGAAGAUUGGCGGUUCGAAUCCGAACAGCUGGGUGAGCCCCCGUUGCUCUGUCCCAGCUCCUGCCAACCUAGUAGUUCAAAAGCAUGUCAGUGCAAGUAGAUAAACAGGUACCACUCUGGUGGGAAGGUAAACGACGUUUCCGUUUUCUGGUUUCUGUCACGGUGUCCCAUUGCACCAGAAGCAGUUUAAGAAUCCUAUUCGGAAUAAGGGAAUUUCUCUUAAAAAAAGGGAAAAGUUGACAGCUAUGCACCCAACCUUCCUAUGGUCUUUCUAGGACGUGGAUGGCGCUGUGGUCUAAACCACUGAGCCUCUUGGGCCUGGCGAUCAGAAGGUCGGCAGUUCGAAUCCCCACACAGCUGGGUGAGCCCCCGUUGCUCUGUCCCAGCUCCUGCCAACCUAGCAGUUCAAAAGCGUGCCAGUGCAAGUAGAUAAAUAGGUACCACUCUGGUGGGAAGGUAAACAGCGUUUCUGUGCGCUCUGGUUUCCGUCACGGUGUCCCGUUGCGCCAGAAGAGGUUUAGUCCUGCUGGCCACAUGACCCGGAAAUCUGUCUGCGGACAAAUGCUGGCUCCCUCGGCCUGAAAACAAGAUGAGCACCACAACCCCAUAGUCGCCUUUGACUGGACUUAACCAUCCAGGGGUCCUUUACCUUUUUACCUUUACCUAGACGGACCUAUAGACUGGUUUAGUGUCAAGGCAGCUUUCUGUGCUCCUAAGAAGCCUUAAUAGGCCAGAGAUUGAAAUCUUUGCUGCCCCUCUCCCCUGCAACAAAUCUAGGUCCAAAAUAUUGGGUGCCUGUCUCAGAGUAGAGUUCUCUGCUACCUCUUUCCCCCCUCACUCUCUCCUUCCUCUCUUCAGGUGUGUUCAGUCUCCCAAAAGGAUGCCCACGGGCCGCAGUGGAAGAGACCGCUUCACGGCUGAAUCCUAUACCGUGUUGGGUAAGAAGCUUCCCUGCCCAGAACUCCAGCUGCUUUUUGUGUUUUCAUCGCUUUAUUUUUUUGCUGUUUGUUCAUCACCGGGGAGGUCUCAGGGCAGUUCACAGAAAAGAUAUAUAAAGUCAAAAUAGAAACAAUAACCCAUUAACACCCCCCUCCCAAAAAAGAACCACAUUUUUAAAGGAUGUCAAUCAGGUCAACCAAAGGCCUGGUGCCUAAAGGUGUGUAAUGAAGGCGCCAGGCGAACUUCUCUGGGGGGAGAGCAUUCCACAGAUGAGGAGCCACUGCAGAGAAGGCCCCGUUCUUGUGUUGCCACCCUCCACACCUCUCGAGGAGGAGGCACAGGAAGGAGUGCCUCAGAAGAUGAUCUCAGGGUCUGGGUAGGUUCAUAUGGAAAGAGGCGGUCCUUGAGGUAUUGCAGUCCUGAGACAUUUAAGACUUUAUAGGUCAAAACCAGCACUUUGAAAUGGGCCCGGAAACUCAUUGGUAGCCAGUGCAGUUGGACCAGGAUCAGUGUAAUAGGCUCAAACCAUCUUGCCUGGAUUCUGACCGCUGAAUUCUGCACCAGCUGAAGUUUCCGAACCGUCUUCAGAGGCCGCCCUGCGUGUAACGCAUUGCAGUAAUCUAACCUUGAGGUUACCAGAGCAUAGACAACAGUAGUUAGGCCAUCUCUGUCCAGAUAGGGGCGUAGCUGGGCCAGCAGCCGAAGCUGAUGGAAGGCACGCCAGGCCACUGAGGCCACCUGAGCCUUGAGCGACAGCAAAGGAUCUAGGAGGACCCCCAAGCUAUAAACCUUUUAUUCAAGUUGGCACCUCUGUCCACAGAAUACAUUUAAAGUACUCGUGCUACUUUGGGAAAGGGUAAACAGCACUUCCAAGGAUUGCCACAUGCUUUCAACGUGCUUUAGAUAUGCGGUGCGGGUGGGAUUUUACCGUACUUUCUUUUUUUAAAAAAAUAAUAUUUAUUAAAAUUUCAAAAGAAAAAGAUCACAUUAAUAAGAAAAUUAACAAUAAAAAGGAAAAAUACAAUAUACAAAAUACAAAAAAGAAAAAACAGUUAAAAACAAUUCCAUCUUUUCAUCACUUCUUUUACAUUUACUUAUUUCCCGGACCUCCUCAUACCUCCCUCUUUUGUAUUCCAAUUCAAUAUGUUAGUCCAGCAAUUCCUUUCCCUCCUUUUUAAUCCUGAUCUUUAAUCUUGAUAUAUUAUAACAUUAAAUUUUUACAUAUUAAAAACCAAUUUUCCCAUAUUUUUUUAUACCAUUACCGCUAGAAACCGCUUAACUUCAAUCCGUCAUCAUUCUAACAUUCAUUAAUUUUACAAUAUUUCUGUAAGUAGUCUUUAAAUUUCUUCCAAUCUUCUUCCACCGACUCUUCUCCCUGGUCUCAGAUUCUGCCAGUCAUUUCCGCCAAUUCCAUAUAGUCCAUCAUUUUCAUCUGCCAGACUAUACCGUACUUUCCGGUGUAUAAGACAAGGGUUUUUUUUACUCUAAAAUAAAGUUUAAAAUUGGGGGACGGGCGUCAUAUAUAUAUAUAUAUAUAUAUAUAUAUAUAUAUAUAUAUAUAUAUAUAUAGAUUUUAACAUAUAAAGUAUAAAAUGUACCACAAAACUUAUCACUUAUACAAUCUUUUUAGACUUCCAUUAGCACCUCUGAUGAUCCACCGUUUUGACCGCUUCUUAUGCAUUUCUUAACUUUAUAUUGCCUUUACAUCUCUUAACAAAUCAUCCUCCCCCUUCUCCAUUUUUGCAAUACUUCCAAUAAUACUCCUCACAAAACUUCUUGCAAACCUACAAACGUCGUCUGAUCUUCACAAAUACUUUUCAAAUAGUCCGUAAAUUUACUCCAGUCUUCCGUGAAUUUCUGGUCUCGCCGGUUUCGAAUCCUUCCUGUUAGUUUAUCUAGUUCUGCAUAGUCCAUUAACUUCAUCCUCCAUUCUUCAAUCGUCGGUAACUCUUCUUGCUUCCAUUUUUGGGCCACUAAUAUUGUUGCUGCUGUAAUUGCAUAUAAAAAGAGCUUACAUUCCUUUCUAUUUAUAUCACUCCCAACAAUGCCCAAUAAAAAUGCUUCUGGUUUCUUUAUAAAUGUCUAUUUCAACAUUUUUUUCAACUCGUUAUAUAUCGUCUCCCAGAAGCAUUUCACCUUUUUACAUUCCCACCACAUGUGAUAAAAUGUUCCCUCUUUUCCUUUACAUUUCCAACAUUUAUUACUGACUUUAUACAUUUUUUUCAUCUCAUUAUAUAACAUCUCCCAGAGGGAGUCUUAUACACAGAUAGUGCAUACACAGGAUGGGCAAUAGGUUGCAGCUGUGAGUAGGAGCUUUUCAGUGGCGAUUGGGUAGGUGAUUUGUGGCUGCAGCAAGGGCUGCUGUGGACCGACUGCCGCUGCAGCAAUUGUGUGCGCGGUUUGCAGCUGCCAGCGCUUGUUUUCUUCUGCGACUCGUUUGUGAGCUGGGUGAGUGAUUUUCGGCAUUCCCCUCCAAAAUAAAAAAAGUUCAACAACUCUGGGCCAUCUCCCCCAACCCCCAUUUUAUAAAAUGGAAGCCCCCCCAAAGUAAGGGGCGUCUUAUACACGGGAAAAUACAGUAUUUGGGGAAGGCAGCUGAGGAGAUCCCAAGUCUCGAACCCCAGCCUCGAUCUGACGAACACCCCCUUCCUCUGCGUUGCAGGUGACACGCUAAUUGAUGGGGGAGACCACUACUGGGAGGUGCGAUACGACCGGGACAGCAAAGCCUUUGCAGUUGGGGUGGCUUACCGGACUCUAGGCAAGUUUGACCAGCUGGGCAAGACACCUUCAUCUUGGUGCCUCCACCUCAACAACUGGCUUCAAGUCAGCUUCACUGCCAAACACAACAACAAAUCGAAAAUCUUAGACGUACCAGUCCCGGACAUCAUUGGCAUAUACUGCAAUUUUCACGAAGGUGAGAUCUCAUGAGCUGCUUCCGGAAAAUAAUAAUUCCUUUCAGGCUCCCAUUCCAUAUUUGUCCCCCUCUGAGCUAAGCAACGCAGCAAAGCAAUUUGGGAUGUGAUACAUACCGUAUUUUUCGCUCCAAAAAUUAAGGGGAAAUGUGUGUGCAUCCUAUGGAGCGAAUGCAGGCUCCUUGGCUUCAGCGAUAGCAACUCAAAGCCUCCGAAGCGCAGAGGGAGAGCUCCCCCUGCACUCCAGAGGCUUCACGUUGCUUUUGCCGAAGCCUCCAGAGCACAGUGGGAACUUCUUCUGCGCUCCAGGGACUUCAGGCAACUAUCCGCAGGUCUUCGGAGUGCAGCAGGAGUUCCCGCCGCGCUCUGAAGGCUUGCGGAUAGCCGCCUGAAGCCUGGAGAGCGAGAGGGGUCGGUGCACACCGAUUCCUCUUGCUCUCCAUGCUUAGCUUCGCUGGAGAAGUGCUGCACAGUUUUCCCUCUCCGCGCAGCGCCCCUUCAGCAAAGCGGGAAGAGAAAUGGAAGGGGCUCCGUUUCUCCUGCCACUUCACUGAAGGGGUGCUGAGCAGAGAGGGGGAGAAUAUUUUCCCCUGUUUUCCCCCUCCUAUGCUCCGGUGCGUCCUAUAGAGCGAAAAAUACGGUAAGUAGCAGUCAAGUACAACAUUUUUUGUUUUCCUAGAGUGGACAUGCAAGGGGAUGUUUGGUCCAGCCAGUCGGAACUUCCUGUUUCCUCCUGGGCUGGGACAUACUUCCUUUGCAUGUGACUAGAGGUGGGCGUGACCUUACCUGUUCAGGUAACAAAAGCACAAGGCACGCAACACUCUCUCUCUUUGACUUCCUCCGUCAUUGGAGCAGCGUUUUAGCUAGAAAUGCUCUGGUUUUUUAAAUAUAUAUAUAAUUUUUUAUUAGUUUUUUUUAUCAUAGCUAGAAAUGCUCUGUUGGCUGGAAGCCUAGGGCACAAAUCUCUACAAACAGAAUAACUAUCCAUGCCUGGUAGGAGCAGAUUGACCCAUAGCAGGUAGGAGCCCUCCAGAUAAACUUAACAACUCCCAUCAGUUUACUCUGGCUGCAAAGUUUCUGCUCCUUCCUGAAUUAGCCAUGGCAGUGAUCCCAACCAAUCAGGGAUCCUAUAGUGAAUGGAUACAACUGCUGGCACAUUUGCAAAGCUAAGCAGGGUCCGGUGUGGUUUCAGAUUGGAUGGGGAACCGCUUUUUGAGAUUCCUGCAUUGCAGGGAGUUGGACUAGAUGGGUCCCUUCCCGCUCGGUGAUUCUCAGACAUUGACAUCGCCAUGCAUAAAACCAGUUCCAGUUUUAUGGUGAUAUGCCGCCACCGAUUUAAAUACGAAUGCAAUUGACAGCAAGUGUGGACAGGACAUUUGCAAGCCGAUAAUCAUCAGCAUACUUUCCAAGUGAAAUUGGGACACACGUCUUUGAGAGCCACAGUCUUGUGGGAACCAGGUGACUUACAUGAGAGCGCGUGUGGGAGCGUUCAGGGAGGCAGGAGAGGAUAUGUUGUUUAUUGAUAUCCUUUCUAACUUGUGCUAGCAAGUUCUUUUACUUAGCAGAGUUUUACGUUCCCCUUUUAAACGCACAGCAGAUAGCUGGUUGCAGGCUUGUGUAAGCCUCUCAAUAUCAUACAAUUCAGUAUUGAAUUGUAUGUUCCUGGUAAGUUCCCUUUCUAUCUCUCUUAAAAGAAUAUAGACAUGACAAUCUUAUUUAAAGUCAACAGAAGAAGUUUACUUACAACAUCAGUUCACAGCUGGAUCCCUGAAGGCAGAUUAUGUGGGGAUGUGGACAUGCAGGGGGAUGUAUCCCAUGUGGGGAUAAUCCCAGUGCAUUUCUAGCUAAAAUGCUGCUCCAAUGACGGAGGAAGUCAAAGAGAGAGAGUGUUGCGUGCCUUGUGCUUUUGUUACCUGAACAGGUAAGGUCACGCCCACCUCUAGUCACAUGCAAAGGAAGCAAGUUCCAGCCCAGGAGGAAACAGGAAGUUCUGACUGGCUGGACCAAACAUCCCCCUGCAUGUCCACUCUAGGAAAACAAAGAAUGUUGUACUUGACUGCUACUUACGUAUCACAUCCCACAGCACAGCCCCUGAGAAACGGGCCUCUUUCGAGGCUGUGUUCUCGCGGGAGCUGUUAAGUACUGAGUUGAAUAGGAUCCAAACUGCAGCAGUCUGAUUGGUCCUAGAACAAUAGGAUUCAGAAUGCAGCAAUUUGAUUGGUCCUAGAACAAUGCAGCAGUAUGAUUGGUUGGCAGGAACCACCCAAUCAUGCUCCAGAUAUAAGUGAAUCCACAACCUGAUUGGCUUACAGUAGAAUUCCAGAAUUAGCCAAUCAUGUGCAGCCCAUUGUGUAAAUAAUGUAUAUAAAGCAGAUACUUUGAGGGGACUUUCAUUCAUUCCUCCUCACCACUAUGAGCUGAAUAAAGAGCAUGAAAUCACUUUGCGACUCUGAGUAUAUUUCAGGAGCCAAAACGGGACAUCCUGGGAGAUCUGGGGUGUCCUGUGACAGUUGAUGGGUACGCAUCAGGCCAUGGCAAAAACCUUAUCACCUUCCAUCUGCUAACCCUAAAUACAGUGGAGACGCCUGCUUCUUGACUUCCUCCAGCAAGCAUUGUUGGCGGAGGGACUCGGGGGGGGGGGGCUGGGCGGCGGUUUCGCCAGCAAUGUGCCACUGAGUGGGGCUGACAUUGCAUUCUGCUCCUCAUGCCAGUCCUGGGCAAUGGGCACAGGUGGCGCUGUGGUCCAAACCACUGAGCCUUUGGGGCUUGUCGAUUAGAAGGUCAGCAGUUCACAUCCCCAUGACGGGGUGAGCUGCCGUUGCUCGGUCCCUGCUCCUGCCAACCUAGCAGUUCGAAAGCACACAUGGGGGGAGGGCUCAAUAACUUUGGGCCAUCUCCCCUCAUUUUCUUAAAAUUCAGUCCCCUAAAAUAGGGGUGAGUCUUGUAUAUGAGGGCGUCUAAUAGACGGAAAAAUACGGUAACUCUUCGAUCUGGUUCAGCUGGGUGUUUGUCAUCUGCGCCCUUUGACCGGUUAUUGCCUUUUCCUCUUGCCUCAAAUGGAUCCUUCCUGUGUUGUCCAAUUUGCAGGUUUCCUCUCGUUCUACAAUGCCAAAACCAAACAGCUCCUGCACACUUUCCGGGCCAAAUUUUCCCAGCCCAUCCUUCCGGCGUUCAUGGUAAGAGUUUUGGAGUUUGUGCCUUUAUCCGCUGGAGAAAAACAGCAUUUGUUGGCGGAGUAGCUAAACUGCAGCUAGGAAGCCAAAUCAUGUGCAAUGCUGACUCUUUCUUCGAAAUUAGAACAAUGUUCCGAACACUUGUUAAAAUAUUCAAAAGCUUUUGUACGCACAACAUAUAGGGAAAGAAAUAUAUAUGCAAAUUAUUGGCGUUCACAUCAGGGCCGGAUUCAGGUUUGAUGAGGCCCUAAGCUACGGAAGGUAACGGGGUCCUUUAUAUGUCCAGCUGUCCUUUGUCAACAACAAAUUGUCGCUGUUUUUUGUGUUGAAUAUAUACUACAUGGUCAUUUAUGGACCUCAUAGGGAUCUAAAGCCAUUUGCACAUCACAAAAUAUGUAUUUUAUCAAAUGAAUUGUUGAACUGAAAUACAAUUAAGAAGUAUAUUACAGUGGUACCUCGGGUUACAUACGCUUCAGGUUACAGAUGCUUCAGGUUACAGACUCCGCUAACCCAGAAAUAGUGCUUCAGGUUAAGAACUUUGCUUCAGGAUGAGAACAGAAAUCGUGCUCCGGCAGCGCGGCAGCAGCAGGAGGCCCCAUUAGCUAAAGUGGUGCUUCAGGUUAAGAACAGUUUCAGGUUAGGAACGGACCUCCGUAACGAAUUAAGUACUUAACCUGAGGUACUACUGUAUUUCAGACCUUAGAAUUCUUAUAACACAAUCCAAAUCAUGCAAACACACAGAAACAAAACGGACAAUGUCAUGAGAUACCUCCCAUGAGAGUCCAGGGGUCAGCAAACUUUUUCAGCCGUGGGCCGGUUCACUGUCCCUCAGACCUUGUGGGGGGGGGGGCGCAGACUGAAAUAGUACAGGAGGGCAAUCCUGAAGCCAUUUUGACUCUCCCAAAUUGACCUCAAAUGUUUCUCUGCAAGGAGGCAGGAAUUCCUAUGCCCCACAAAUAACCCAGGGAUGCAUUGUAAAUAAAAGGACACAAUGUAAAAACAUGCUGCUUCCUAGACCAUCCACAGGCCAGAUUUAGAAGGCGAUUGGGCCAGAUCCGGCCCCUGGGCCUUAGUUUCCCUACCCAUGCACGAGACCAAAAUUAACUGUUCACAUGAGAGUUACUGGGAAACAUUCUGCAAUUAAUGCAUUUAAGCAUUCCUAACGUUCACUAUCUCCUGCCAACCUAGCAGUUCGAAAGCACGUCAAAAGUGCAAGUAGAUAAAUAGAUACCGCUCCGGCGGGAAGGGAAACGGCGUUUCCGUGCGCUGCUCUGGUUCGCCAGAAGCGGCUUAGUCCUGCUGGCCACAUGACCCGGAAGCUGUACGCCCCGGCUCCAUUGGCCAGUAAAGCGAGAUGAGCGCCACAACCCCAGAGUCGGCCACGACUGGACCUAACGGUCAGGGGUCCCUUUACCUUUAACGUUCACUAUACUUAACGCAGAUUCCCUUUUCCUAAUGCCCUGGCUAUUUUCCCUCUUUUAUGUUAGGUCUGGUGUGGCAGCUUCCAUGUCUACUCGGGUUUGCAAGUCCCCAGCGCCAUCAAAUGCCUUCAGAAGAGAAACAGCGCGACGAGUAGCUCCAACGCCAGCCUGUCUUAGAAACGUGCUCCUUCCCUCAUUUUGCAGGAUUGGGACCCUCUGGCCGCAAGAGAGGCCUUGGGCAACUCCCAGCUGAAUAAGGAAGCAGACUCUUAACUACAAAUGUUGUGGGUUUUUUGGUUUUUUUGUGUUUUCAAUAACGGUUUGCACCACCCUCCCAGGCGCUCUUGACCCGUGUCAAAGCACUGGGGUUGGGGGGUGGACUUUUGCUUAAAACACGCUCACGCCAUGAAUGUAUUAUAUCGUUUUAUCCGCCUACGAUUGUAAACACGUUGUCAAUUAAGGGGAGUGGGGCUCCCCACCACCACCACCACACCAAAUCUCCACUUUUGCCUUCGACGAGAUGUGGGGCAGAGGGUUUUGCAUGGUCAGAAACGUAUGGAAAAGGCUGGGGGGGGGAGAGAAAGAAAAGACCACCCCGCAAGGCUACCGCGUGUACAGCCCAUGCCGUGUUUUGUUCCGGUUUAGUUUUUUGAAAGACAUUCUGCGGCGAC